AUGGGCGGGACGUGCACGCGCAUGGCGCUGAGCGAGCGCCAGGAGAUCUGGGGCUCGAGCCUCCUCUCGCCGCUCUUUGUCGAAGACGACAUUGAAAGCCUCGGUGUCUCGUCCGUGCCGCACACGGCGCUCCCCGGGUCGUCGAUCAUUUCCGCGCGGACGAAAAUCGCGCUCUUGUACGACGGCAAGAUUACGGCGGUCGUGCCGCAGCUCGGGUCCGUCGCGUUCAACGUGAGCGCGUCAAGCAAGUUUACCG